UCUACUCACAAAAUAAUCUCUUCUCUUCCUUAUUAUUACUAUUGUCUCCCCAAAAAAAUGUCUCUCACAAAAAUUUCAUUGUUGCCUAUAUUGGCUCUCUUCUUGAUAUCUGCACAUGCAGCAACAUUUGACAUCGUCAACCGAUGCUCUUACACUGUCUGGCCAGCUGCCACUCCCAGCGGCGGUGGUAGGCAGUUAAACUCAGGCCAAACAUGGACUAUAAACGUCCCAGCAGGAACUUCAUCGGGCAGAGUUUGGGGCCGAACUGGUUGCAGUUUUGAUGGCUCAGGUCGUGGUAGUUGUUCAACUGGUGACUGCGGUGGUGCCCUAAGUUGCACCUUAUCUGGUAAAUCUCCACUCACACUUGCCGAAUUUACCCUUAACGGUGGAAACAAUCAAGAUUACUUUGAUUUAUCUGUGAUUGAUGGUUUCAACAUUCCAAUGCAAUUUGCUCCAACCUCUAAUGGAUGCAACAAAGUAAGAACUUGCCAACAAUCUUCUUGCUCUGAUGCUUAUCAGUAUCCGAGUGAUAACACUAAAACAGUUUCAUGCCCAGGUGGUACCAACUACAAAGUUGUCUUCUGCCCUUGAAAUACAUAUAUAGCUCCACAACACUUUUAUGUUUCUUUCUAAAGCCAAUAAACAAAAUGUAAUAAUUUGUCUGCACUAUGUGUAAGAUAUGUAACAAAAUUUUGCUUAAUUUAGGCGUAAGAUUAUUUAUAAAUAAUUUAUCGCCAAAGCAAUAUAAUGGAAUAAAUAAGAGCUUCUAUA